AUGUCUUGCACUUCACCCUACACAGCAGCUGAAGGGGCCCUGCGCACCCCGCCUCUGGAGCGCGUCCUGAUUCCCUGGGUGCAGUCUGGAGCCAGGAGGUGGUGGGCUCCAGUGGUUGGCUCAUUCCUGCCCUCCAAGAAAGACAUUACACUCGCACAACGAAUGAAGGCUUCUUUACACCACCCCAGGGCCUGUGUAGUUUGUGGCAUCAGGGUGGAUGUGCUGCUGCAGUGUGAGAAAGACAAAGACCAGACUGGACAGGCAUCCCAGGGCCAGGCUGCAACAGGGCCUGGAGAAAAGGUCAGCAGAGACCCUCAGUCCUUGAGGGCUGGCCCCGUGGGUGGAGUGGGGGGACAGGCCGGCUGGGGGUCCAGGGUGAGCCCAGGCCCCAAGGCCCUGCGUGCUGAUCCUCCCUCUGUGUGGGGAAAGGGGCCCACAGCUCCUCCAGCAGACCCCCCUGGCAGCCUCCUGUGCCCAGUGUCCUGA